AUCCACCCUCUCGCUCUCCUCGCCUCUCCUCACCUCUGCUCACGCCUCCUCACACGCACACCGCCUCACACCCAGCAUGUCGGCCGCCGCCUCCCCCUCGGACGACGCCGCGCCCCAGCUGACGGUGCAGAUCAAGGGGCCCUCGGAGCUGCGCCUGCACAUCACCAUCGCCGCCGACGCCACGGUGCGCCAGCUCAAGGAGCGCAUCCAGCAGGAGAAGAGCGAUGUGACUGCCGAGAGUCAGCGCCUGAUCUACUCUGGCAAGGUGCUCAAGGACGACGAGACGCUGGCGUUCUACAAGCUCGUCAACGGGCAUACCAUCCACAUGGUCCGCAGUGCCUCUCGUUCUGCACCCGUCACUGGCAAUCCUUCUACCGGCGCCGCGGGUCAGCCUAGCUCGACGCCGCAGAAUGCAGCGGCGGGCGUGCCGGCCAACUUUGGCCAGAUUGGCGCCGGUCAGCAGUUCGCCAACAACCCCCUCUCGGCUCUCAACCGCGCAGAUUACGCCGGGCCUCAGCUCACUGCAGCGCAGAAUCAGAUGCUUGCUGGCUCUGGCAUGAACCUCUCCGAUCCCAACGCCAUGAUGAACAUGAUGAACGACCCCGAAGUGCGCGCUCAGAUGCGCCAAGUGCUUUCACGCCCAGAAGUCAUCGACCAGAUCAUCGCCUCGCACCCCGAGCUCGCCAACCUGCCCGGCGCGCGCGAGAUGCUUCGCAGUCCCGGCUUCAUCGACAUGCUCACGGACCCCGCAGCCAUGCAGCGCGCGGCGCAAAUGGCGCAGAUGAUGGGCGGUCCCGGCGGCCGCGGAGCCGGCAUGUUCGGCGGCGCCGGCGGGGCGGGCAUGUUCGGCGCAGCGGGCGGACAGCCUCAGUGGCCGCCGGCGGGUGCGUUUGGCGGAGCAGCUCAGCAGGGUGGUGAAGGUCAAGGGGCAGCGCAGACAGGACAGGCGCCGCCGAACCCCUUUGCGGGACUUGGAGGAGCUGGAGGUGCGGGCGCAGGCGGCAUGAUGGACCCAGCCUUCCUGCGUCAACUCUUCGGCGCACCCGAGGGCGGCGCGGGUGCAGGCGCUGGAGGCGCGGGAGGAGCAGCGCCGCCGAAUCCCUUCGCUGCAUUCGGCGCAGGCUUUGGCGCGGGAGCGGGUGCCGGAGGCAGUGCGCCUGCACGGCCUGCCGACUCGCGUCCGCCGGAGGAGCGCUAUGCGGAUCAGCUGGCGCAGAUGCAGGUGAGUUCGCGCGCUCUCUCUCCCAUCCGUGCGCGCUGAAGAGAGAGAGAGAGAGUGGGAGCUGAUGCGAGAUGGGCUGGCGCAGGACAUGGGCUUGACGGAUGGCCCCAAGAACCUGCGUGCGCUGCUGCUGAGCGGAGGCAGCGUCGAGGGCGCGGUCACUAUCAUCUACGACGGAGGCGCGCAGUGAGCGCGGGGGCGGAAAAGAGCGAGACAG